GCUCCCAUCAGCUCCUACUUAUCAGCUCCCAUCGCUCCCAUCGUGCCCUGCCUCUUAUCGACUGACGCUAUGGAGAAGACAAACAAAGGAAAGAAACGGAAUACGGCCUCAAAAGCACUAAAGCCGAAGCCCUCCAGUAGCAAAAACAGGCGGGGAACAACUAAAUCGACUGGGAUCAGCAGAAUCAAUGAGCGUUUACCCAACGAACUUCUAGCUUACAUUUUUUCCACUGCGAUUAUCAGCCUGCUUCCAAUAAACCAUAGGUCCUUCCUCGCUCGAGUGUGCAGCAUAUGUCGCCGUUGGCGGAAUGUUGCUAUCGAGGCAUCUGAGCUUUGGACCACCAUUUUUAUUCAUAAUCCUUACCAUAUUCUCUCUGCGGAACUCUUCCUUGAACGAUCAAAGACGCGAUUUCUGGAUGUUGACGUCCAGGUGCGUUGUGGGGUCAUCCGAUGACAUUCAGUCAACAAUCUGGGCUUCGGGUUGCGGAGUUGACAUCGGUCCAUCUUUGGCGUACGAGGACACUCUCCUUGAGCAUCAGCGAUACUCAAGGUGCCGAAAUUUUUUCUGCAUCGUACCGACCGAUGUCAGCUCCGUAUCUCGUUAGCCUUUCCGUCUAUGUCAAAGGAUGGUCACAAAGCGCUCCUCCUUUACUUGAUUCCAUCUAUUCAGUCGGUUCUACUGGGAAUGGAGGUUUAUCAUCGGACACAACCUCAAUCUCCAGCCUUACCAGACUCGAGCUCACAUCCCUUCAGCCUGGACAUGAAGAUAUGCGGAAUAUAUUCAUAUGCUCUCCAUCUCUCGAAACACUUAUCCUUCCGCACUUUGGUCAUGGCUGGAGAGGAAGCCAGGAGAAGAAUCUACCCAUUAUAUCAGCUCCCAGGUCGUUGCGAUCGCUCGCAGUUCACAUUGCUUAUACCCAUCGCGUUGAGUUUUUGCUUGCGGAAGAAUCAACUGACUGUUCGUGUGUCCUUGGCUCUCUUCGCUUUCCCAACCUCAAAUAUCUCGAGGUUCUAGGCGAUGACUCUUCCCACGAUCUUAGUCUCGGCAGCCAUUUCAAAGACCUACCGAGAUUGCAGACGCUGCGUUUGCAGCAAUGUUCUGUGUCACCUAUUGAUGACGACUUCUUCCACUCUUUGAAGCUGCUGGAUCGAUUGGAGCUGGUCGACGUGGAGUGGCCAACGAAAUCUUCACGCGAAACAUCCUUACCAUUCCACCGUCUAUCGUCUCUCUUAAUUAGUGACAUGCCAAGUUGGGAUUAUGAACUAACCCAGUGGGCACGUCUCGCGCGGUUAGCCGUGCAGGAUUAUGGUUGCACCCAGUUUUCUAUCGAAGUAACAGCGCAACUUUACGAUAGGAUGUCACAACUUUUCGGUCCUCAAGAUGAGCAUAUUCACGUCCAAGUAAAGGAUCAUGUUACCGGUUUGCUCUAUCCCCUUCCCACAGAAAUUUUUGACGAGGAAGAUUAUUACGAUUCUGACCCUUCUGAUUUUGAUACUUUUGACUAUGACUAUGACCGUGAUUUUGAUUCGGAUGGGUUUGAGUAUGCAUUUGAUAGCCAGAUGUAUUUACGAGAUUUUGACCUGUAAAAUUACAUUUCCAACUUUGCGUCCAGCCCGAGCAGCAUACUUUAUCUGACAUUGUAACGCGGCGGGCUGGAGAGUGAGCUACCGAGGCA